AUGGGGCUGCGCCGCCCCGCUGGCGCCCGCAGGGGGCGCGCGCUCUCAGGCCGCCCGGCGGCGCGCGCCGCCUCCUCCUCCCCGCCCCUGUCCGGGCCGACGGCGGCGGCGCGCGCUGCGCUCCCUGCACAGCGCGAGGGGAUUGCGGGGGGGGGCGAGACAAAAGGCUCGGGCGGCGGAGGGGCGCGCGCCGCGCGGGGCCGCCGCGGCCGCCGGCGCGCGAGCUCGGCCCGGGCCCGGCCGCCACGAGGCGCUGCGGCCGCCGGAGGCCAGGGGCGUGCGCGGCGCGGCUGCAGCGAGCCGGGAGGGAGAGGGGGCGGCUCCGGCGGCUGCGGCUCCGGGCUGCCGGCUCCGUCCGUCCCUGUGUGUUUGGAGCGGAGGAAAGAUGGCAGCGGCUGCACUUCCUCUUGCACUUUCACCCCUGGGGGGAGGAGAAGGAGGGGGGCGAUACCACCCCCCCUACAAAAAUCCAGCGGGGGCCCCCCGGCUGCUGCUCCCCGACCAAGCGCCGCCGCCGUCGCCGCCGGCUCCCGUCCGAGCCCCGCCCGCUUCGCCGCACCCCGCACCACCGGCACCGCAAACUUUCCUCUCUUCUUUGGGCGAGAAGACCCCCACCCUAUUCAUAGAGACCCCCCCUUCAGCCACUCGGGCUCCCCCCUGCCCCCCCGCUUCCUGCCCCCCUCCCUCCCCGCAUCCGCCAAUUCAGCCUUCCCCAGGCCCUCGUUUCAACGCUCCUAA